CAUGCAAAUGGUAUUGUGCCUUUUAGGCUAUAUGUGUUUAACCUAAUUGGGUUUGUGAACAUAUGGCUGUUUCUACUAUAUUUUAUGUAUGGUUUAAUGGCCAUCUUUUGUAUGUUAUGUAUUAUAGAGCUUCUUAACAAUUUGACGCUUUUCAUGAGCAGAUAUAGUCUUUUUUUUUAUUUAGGCGAAUCAAGUGCGGUUUAA